AUGGCCUCUAAAUUCGUUGAGAACCUCGAAGAGGUCCCAAUCACUCAUCCCCACCUCAACGUCAGUCUGGAAGACAUUCUCGCCGAAGAGGGUCGCAAAAGAUCCGCAUCCCAGUCCUCAGAGUCCUCCAACAGCAACGGCCGACCUGGCAGCGAAAGCGCACAAAGCCCGACCAGUCCCACCCAUCAUGAGGGCCACCUAGGAUCCAUCCGCCGGCGCGCACUCACGCUGGGAAGCAAGAAGGUCCGCCGUGGAACCUGA